UGUGCGUCGUUACAAAAGAUAGUGGUGCAUGAUCUUGUACUUGUACCGACUGGUACAUAUUACGAGAGACGAGACGCCGAAACGGGAACGCGGGCCCCGCGAAACGCAGCCACGCGACGACCGCAACUGGGUUAAUUCGGUGCGUCCGAUGAAGCGCGCGCCCGCCGUCUUCGCUUUCCUCGCGUGCGCCAUUUCCGCGCGACGCAAUUCAACAAUCAUUUCCGAGACAACAAAUCAGCUGUUUAUUGUUGAUCACCCAACGCGGCGCCGGAGCGUAACGCAUUGCGCGACUUUCUUUGGGUCGUGAUCACAUGUUGGCGACGCUGGUUGGACGAGGAGUUGUCGUACCGAAAUAAAUCGGCCACCAACUGAGCUCGCGAUGAGCGGCCCCGAGCCAAACGGCCGUUGUGGGGAAAAAAACGCAACCCAUGUUGCACCAGCACCACUACCACAGCCAAUCACUACAGUGUGACGUCAUCAUGCAAUUGUUUUCGGUUUUAUUAAGUCCCAAACGAAAAAUCGGUGCGAUGCGCGCUCGCGUUUUGUUUACUGUUGCGAGCCGCGCGCGCGGAUGAUAAAAGUCGUAUCGGUGCGAGCGGGCGGUGCGAAUGUGUGAGCAUGUGUGCGCUUUUCGCACGAGCGCGUGUGAGUGUACAGUCGAGAGCGGGUCUCUCGUGCGGAACGCGAGCGAUUCUCGCCUCUACGGGCGUGCGAUGCGGCAACGUCGCAUAAAGCUUGCUCGCGGCGUAGAGAGGCCGGGCGCGCUGCCCCGCGCCGCGCGAGCAUUCCCGCGCUCCUGCGAUCGAUUCGCUUCGCGGCCAAUCGCGAGCUCGGCGUCCUCACCGAGGGAAAACGCCGAGCAUACGCUUGCACACAAACACACACCAGCAAACACAUCGCGACCGGUGCUGUGCCAUUCCCGCCAUUAUUCGAAUUGCGCCGAAGACGCCCGAGUCGGAAAAACUAUAUUUGUUUACAUACAUCGCAUCAUUUUAAUAUGACGAUAAAUUUAAACUGAAAUUGCGGUAUGCAUCGCAUGCUCCUGCACGAGUUCAGUUCUCUGAGGUCGUGUGUGCGUGCAGUGACGAUUUUAUGCAUCGCGAACGGGUUGGCCGCGCGCCCGUGCGUCACACUUGCAUCGUGUCACACAGCACACUCACAUCUAGUCAUCUCACUCGCAAUGCAGGCGCGCACAACACCACACCGCCUGUGUUACGUCCGUUUGCGCUUUUGUUUGUAUACGUGAGUGAGUGAGUGAGUGAGUGGUGUUACCGGCCCAAACAAGUGCAUCACGUCUCGCGGCACCCGUCGCCCGAAUGCCGAUAGACAAAGACAGCGCGUUUCAUGUUGCGCGUUCGCGUUGUUCGGGUUUCGGCGGAAUAAUAGUAGAGGUGCUGCUAGGUGUGCGCGCGCGAGUUCGCCGCUCUCGUGUCGCAUUCGUCCAGUUUUCGGGCGGACGGGAUUGGAGCAUGAUGCGCGCCCGCGAUGCACGAAUAAUGCGUGUGCGGCCGGCGAGGGCGAGACGACGACGGCACAACAACGGCCGCACCCGCCGAGGGAAAAAUUCGACUCUGAUAACACGCCGGCCAAGGUUCAUGCGACCGUUCAGAUGUGAUUUGAAAUGAAACGUGUGCGCGCAGACGAGCAAGCAAAGGAAGGUCUCGCGUAUCGCGGCGCAGCAGGGCUGCCAAACGCCUCGUCGGGCAUCGUUGCCUACCAGAACGCGGCGACGGUGAAGGUGGUCAGCGAGGGUAUGCAGUCGGGCAUCUACUCGAGCGCGCCGCCGGUGAACUACGGCGCAAUGCCAGCGGCGGCGACGGCGCCGCAUGCCGGUAAGCCGCAGGCGGCGAUGCAGUCACUUGGCUCCGCCGGCGGUGGUGGGCAUCCGCAAGUGCGCGUCAAGGGCGCAUCGCCACCGUCCGCGCCACUGCCGACAAGCGCCGCACCGGCGCCCGCGCCCGUCGUACAGCAGCAGCAACAGCAGCAGCAUUCACCUGGCGGCAGCAAUUUUCAGAAACUCAAGGUGGAGGACGCGCUCUCCUACCUCGACCUGGUGAAGCUAAAGUUUGGCAAGGAGCCACAAGUGUACAAUGACUUUUUGGACAUUAUGAAAGAGUUUAAGAGCCAGUCGAUCGACACGCCCGGCGUCAUUCAUCGCGUCUCGAGCCUGUUUCACGGCUAUCCGGAGCUGAUCGUCGGUUUCAACACGUUUCUACCGCCCGGUUACAAAAUCGAAGUGCAGCGAAAUGAUAGUGGGUAUGCUUUUCACGUGUCCGUGAGUGCGUCAAGUCCCACGGGGGCGCUGCUCGCGCAGCAGAAACCGUCAAUGAUCUUAAGUGGCUCCGGCACAAUUAUUCACAGUAACGUGUCGUCCAUGAAUAUACCGCUGGCCCCACAACCUCCCCAAGCACCUCCUCCCCAGGCACCGCCGCCUCCUCCACCCCAGCAGCCACAGCCACAGCCGCAACCCAUGAGUACCAUCCUGCACACCGUGGUGCCCACGCCGCCGCCGGCCAACGCAGGCUAUAACAACUCCUACUCGAAUUCGGGGCUGCACGCGAACAGCGCCAGCGCGCAGAAUACUCUUCAGUUGUCUGCGGCGCAAGCAGCAGUCACCCAGGCUCUUCAGGGUGGUCAUGGCGAAGCUCCGCAGAAUCAACCGGUCGAGUUUAAUCACGCCAUCAACUAUGUCAACAAAAUUAAGAAUCGAUUCCAAGGGCAACCUGAGAAGUACAAGCGAUUCCUCGAGAUCCUUCACACGUAUCAGAAGGAGCAGCGCACGCUAAAAGAAGUACAGGGUCAAGGCGCAGGCGGUAAACACCUCACCGAGCAGGAGGUGUACUCACAGGUGGCGAAACUGUUUGAGAAUCAAGGCGAUUUACUCGCCGAAUUUGGUCAGUUUCUACCGGAUGCGACGAGUCAUAUCUCGGCGGCGCCCGCACUGAGCGAUCAUCCGAACGUGAGUCUCAGUGUGAGUGGCGGGGGCGGUGGUAAUAUCAACGCCAAGAAACAGUUACCCGCCAGCAAGCCCUACCAUCGGGAUAUGGGCCCGGAGCGGCAUCAUCUUUCGCACAAGCCUAGUCACAAUCUGGCGAUGCCCAUUAAACGCUCGCCGCCGUACUCGAAUCCGACCCGUGACGCGCCGCCACCGAAAAAGCACAAAACGUCUUCCCUGCGCGACGUCACCUUCUCGGAGGCGAGCAAACAUAGUACACUAUUGGAAUUUGCGUUUUUUGACAAGGUUCGUAAAGCUGUGCGUUCCCAAGACGUCUACAACAAUUUCCUGCGAUGUUUGUCGCUUUUCAAUCAAGAGAUCAUCUCGAAAACGGAGCUGGUACAGCUGGUGACACCGUUUCUAGGCAAAUUCCCCGAAUUGAUGCGCUGGUUUCGUGAGUUUCUCGGCCAGAACGAAGUGGAAGCUAUUCCGUAUGUAGCUGCGCGGAUUGAACGACCACAGGGUGAUCUUGCGCAUGAUGUGGAUUAUUCCACAGCGAAACGCCUCGGCGCUUCGUACUGCGUCAUCCCGCCAGCGCAAGAAGGUCUCAAGUUCUCCGGUCGUACCGAAUUGUGCAAUCAAGUGCUCAAUAACCAGUGGGUUUCUUUUCCCAUGUGGUCCGAGGAUAGUUCAUUCGUCGGUCCGCGUAAGAAUCAGUACGAAGAGUACAUGUUUCGCUGUGAGGACGAACGUUUCGAGCUGGACGUUGUUAUCGAAACGAACGCGUCGACGAUACGUGUUCUCGAAGGUGUGUCGAAGAAGAUGAACCGUAUGAGCCCCGAGGAGCUGUGCAAGUUCCGCCUGGACGACUGCCUCGGUGGCUCCUCGCCGGUGUUACAUCAGCGCGCACUCAAGCGCAUCUACGGCGACAAGGCGCAGGAUAUUAUCGAUGGACUGAAGCGUAAUCCGGCUGUGGCGGUGCCGGUCAUUCUGCGACGACUGAAGUCGAAAGAAGAGGAAUGGCGGGAAGCGCAGAAAGGAUUCAACAAGAUCUGGCGCGAGCAGAAUGAAAAGAACUAUCUCAAGAGCCUGGAUCAUUUGGGGAUUAAUUUUAAGCAGAACGAUACGAAAGCGUUGCGGUCGAAGAGUAUGCUCGCUGACAUUGAGCAAGCGCUGGAGGAGCGCAAUGAACAGUUGGAUCGGGGACUUGAGGUGCCCAUGGGGCCGCAUUGGAUGACAGUGUAUCAGGAUCGGAAUAUCCUGGACGACGCCGCCAAUCUUCUCAUUCAUCAUGUGAAGCGACAUACGAGUGUGCAAAAGGGGGAAAAGCGACGGAUCAAGCAUUUGCUGCGGCAAUUCUUGCCGGAUUUGUUUUUUCAUCCGCGGCAGCAGCUCAGCGAUGACGAGCGGGAAGAAGACGAAGAUAAAGAAGAAGGCAACGAGAGUCCUACGAGCAACUCGAGUAAAGAAGAAACCAAGAAGAAGGGCAAUGUUAGUCCAGGAAAGUCGCCUCGGACGAGUGAUCAAAACGACUCGGACGACAAACAUUCUCUGGACAAUGUGGAAAUCAAAGUGGAGGACGCCGAUGCGCCUGCGCAUGCCCAAAGCAACUAUCCUGAUGAAGAAUAUACGUUAUUUAUGGGAACCAACAAUUGGUACUUAUUCCUGCGGCUGCAUUCUGUAUUGUGUGAACGUCUGGCGAAAAUCUACGACUGCGCGGCCAAGAUGGCGGCCGACGAAAGCAGAGUGGCGAAGACGCGUAAAGACUCAACGGCAAUCGCGCUACGGCUGAAACCUAAGCCGCAGAUACGAAUAGAAGACUAUUUUCCAACUUUCCUCGAUCUGGUGAAGAACCUGCUAGAUGGUAACACCGAUCCUAAUACCUAUGAAGAUACACUGCGUGAAAUGUUCGGCAUUCAUGCGUAUAUUGCGUUUACGCUGGACAAGGUAAUUCAGUAUGCGAUGCGUCAGUUGCAGCACUGCGUUACAGAAAAGCUGGCGAUCAAAGCGAUGGAGCGUUUUGCCAGGGAACAAAAACGUGGCGCUACUGGCGGACCAUGCGCAACCGCACAUCGCCGUCUACAUAAAGAGCUGCAAUAUCAGCGCGCAAUGGAACACAUUGUCGACGAGGAAAAUUGCUACAAGAUCUACAUUUAUAAGUUGGAUGGGCGGAUGACGGUCGAGUUGUUGGAUGCGGAAGAUACAGGCGAUGGUAAGAAGGUGGAUGAUGCGAAGAAAUGGAGCACUUAUAAGGAGAGUUAUGCGGACUGCACUAACGUGGAACAGAAGCCACUGUCGCCGUUGUUCCUGCGGCGCAAUAUGCGCAAAUACAACAAGAAGAACAAGCGGCGGAACAGCACAACGUCCAACAGCGAUAAGGCGAGCGCCGACGCCGAGGAAAAGUGUGAUGUGAAGCCUGGAGCACCAACGGCGGCACCGUCAGCAGCGGCGGUUCAACGGCUCGCCGGCAGCGGAGGCGAAGACGACGAGCAGCCGGAGCGGAAGCCGAACAUCGGCGGCGGCGGUGCGCCCGAGCGCGAUCAAACCGAGCACGCCGACUACGACGUGUCCGAUGAGACGCAGUGCCGCUUCAGCACGGCCGACUCGAAGAUUGUGUUCGUCGCGAAUAAAGACAGUUUUCUGUAUAAACGAAGUGCCUUGACCAGAGCCAAACAAACUCAUCCAGCUGUAACGAAAUUUAAGUCGACGCGCUUCCGCGCCUGGUGCAAGCGGUGGGCGGCCGUGAAUGUGAGUGAUGCGCAGAGCAAACAGUGCAACGAGUGGCUGAUGGGGCGCGGUGAUAAUGUGGUGCGGAAUCGGACGCGCGUCCUUACCAAUAACGACCUCACGCUGACGCCGUACAUCGUGUACAAUCGCUACCGAGUGGAGUUGUUCGCCGACGACUCGACGUGAUGCGCCCGUCGUGCGGCGGCGGCGGCGGCCACACGCAUUCACCUGCGUUAACUUUUACCCUCCUUACACCCCGCCCCCAAGCCCUCGAGUUACACACACAUAUAUACUUUUUAAACGUGAGACGAGAAAGCCAUUAUUAGUUAAGCAGGAUCUCCUUCUUUCGCUGUUCUGGCAAUCAUUCAGGUAUUUAAUAUUUUACGCGCGCUGUUUUGGUGUUUGUCGCGCCCGCUUGACGGACGCUCCGAAUUGAUGCAAUGCGACGACUGCCUUCUUGUAACUUAAAUGAUUAGUAUUCAGGUAAUUUAUUAAGUGCUACUUAUAACAUUUGCAAUCGACAAGCUAUCCUCGACAUUUAUAUAAGUUACAUGUUUCAUGUUACGGGUAAUUUGGAGCUGGAUGCAAGCGUGUCGCGCAAACCCAGCAGAAAUUUCAGUGUAAAAUUCACAAAACGCAAAAAUUCUCUGUGACUUAACACAAAUCAAUUCGAUCACACUUUGACCGACUCUCG